AUGACAGUUGAAGGAUACACCCACAACCCUCCCUUUGACACGGGCUUUCUGUCUGUCGGCUCAAUCCACAAACUACACUACGAGCAAUACGGCAACCCAAACGGAAAGCCAGUGAUAUUCCUCCACGGCGGCCCAGGAGGAAACACCUCCCCUUCCAACACCUCCUACUUCAACCCACUCAUCUACCGUGUCGUACUCUAUGACCAGCGCGGCGCCGGUCAAUCCCUGCCAAACUCGUGCGUAGAAGAAAACACAACGCACCAUUUGCUGGAUGACAUUGAGUCGAUACGCAAACAUCUGAAUGUGAAGAAAUGGUUCAUGCUCUUCGGCGGCUCCUGGGGCUCGACGCUUGCAUUGCUUUAUGCGCAACGAUUUCCGGAGAUGGUGGGUUCAUUGGUGCUAAGAGGGAUAUUUACGGCGACCCAGGAAGAGAUCGAGUGGACGCGGUUGCCCGGUGGUGGUGCAGCCAGAAUUUGGCCUGCAGAAUACGAGAGGUUUUUGCAGUUUUUGGAUGAUGAGGAAAGAAAAACGCCGGUGGAGAGUUAUUAUAGGUAUAUCUUGAAUGAGUCGGGUGACGAAGUGGCAAGAAAGAAGAAGGUUGAGGCGGCGCGGGAGUGGAAUAGAUGGGAAUUAACGAUUGGGGCGUUGACGCAUACACCUUCGACGUAUGAGAAGUUGAUGGAUGAGGAUUGGGUGAUGGCGCAUGCGACGUUGGAGGCGCAUUAUGAGGCGAAUGGAGCGUGGUUGGAGGAAGGGCAGAUAUUGAAGGAAGAGAAUAUGAGGAGGAUUAGGGGUAUUCCUGGGACGAUAAUUCAGGGACGAUAUGAUGUCGUUUGUCCGCCGCAGACGGCGUGGGAACUGCACAAAGCGUGGCCGGGGUCGAGGUUGUUUAUGAUUCCGGAUGCGGGUCAUGGUGGUACUGAACCUGGUACGAGGAAGAAGCUCAUGGAAGUUUGUGAUGAAUAUGCAGUGAUGGAUUUUUGA